AAAAUGUACUAAGAUUUGCGCACACAAUUUUAUUAAUGGUUUUGAUUUUUUUUGCCAUUCACAAUAGAGGAUUUCUGCGGGUGGCCACACUAAUUUGUGAAAAACGUAACUUGGCAAUCCUACCGACAGAUGUUCUACAUAAGCCUGCACUGGGACGCAUCAAAAAAAUCAUGCAAAGUGAUGAGGAAGUGGGAAAAGUUGCUCAAGCUGUACCAAUUAUAAUCUCUAGAACAUUGGAACUCUUUGUGGAAUCGCUUUUGACUAAGACUUUGAAGAUAACAAAUUCCCGUAAUGCCAAAACUCUGUCCACAUCACACAUGAAGCAAUGCAUCAUGUCGGAACAGCGCUUCGAUUUCCUACGCGAACUGGUAAGAAAUAUACCAGACAUUAGUGUAGCUGAAGAAGCGGCAAACUACAAUGAAGAAGACAACCAUAGCUCACCCGAAGAACCGUACGCCGAUUCUGAUACGCCCUACGAUUUGAGCAUGCCAUCUACAUCAUCGUCACGCCAUGUGCAGCAGUAUCAGCAACAUGCACCAACAAAUGGCCAAAACGGUGGCUAUGAUUAUCCUAAAACCUUUCUAAAAAGAUCCAUAAGUUCCAGUUCAAAUUCCGUUAUUAUGCAUACCACAUCAUCAUUAGCAAGCGCUGGCGGUGGUUAUACAGCGACAGAUUGUUUACCACCAAAGUUGUCACGUUCCGAAUCGGCAUCAGUUCCUGUCCAACAUCAUUCGCCGUCGGCAUCGUUGCAGCACCCACGACUGAAACAUCAAUCAUACUCUAUGCCCUCUAAUUGUGUCGCGACCAAUAACAACAAACCAAAUAUCCCUCCAAAACCAUUAAGGUCGCCUUCGCAACCGACUGCCAUAAUACCCGCUCCUAUUCUUAGCAUUGAUUACUGUAGUAAACCAAUGGUGAAAAUAGACUAUAGCAAUUUACAACAAAUUACUGCAGAUGCAACGGCGCCUUUAAGUGCCCCUGCCCACAUAGCCAGUAUGUCGGCUAAUAAAACAGCUUUUAAUUUCACAGCGGAACCAGUUAUUAAUAUUGAUCUAUCAAAUAUAGUGGCAGCCAGUGCAACCAAUGCCGCCUCUGCGCCAUCAACGCCCGCAGUUGCCACAAUAAGUAUUGGCACACCUCUCCCCAACAAUAGCAGUCAACAAUCUCGUAAUUCCAAAGCUUCGAUGGCGGAUCCAUUUAAUGUCUCCCCUUCGCCUUCAACCAUGACGACGUCCCUGGCAAGCAGCAGUUCCUGCCUGGAACUCGAUGAAGAUUAUGACAAUAUAUAAGAAGUUUCCAGAUGAAAUGCGCUGAACAGUCUAGAAUUUUUUGUUUUUUUUUUCAAAAUAUUUUUUCUUCUUUCUCCUGCCUAUUUAUAAUUCUCGUGCAUGUGAGAAUCAAUAGAGUGGCGAAGAAACAUUAUUUUCGUAUGUUGAAAAAGGCAUAUUUGUAAAAUAAACCAACCCACAAAAACAAA